AUGAGCGCCCCUCACACUCAUAUCAACUACAAGCUGUUUUCAGAACUGCUCACAGCAGCUGAGAAGGAAUGUGUAAUAGCGUUGUGGUGCUAUCAAUAUUCGGAGUUCCGCUACAAUGCCGACUGGAAGUCGAUUGCAGCAGCCAUCCAUGCGCCCGAUGAAAAAGCAGCUCGGUUUACGCUCUGGACGAUUCACAAGAAGCUUGCGGACAAUGGCGCUGUUACCCACCUACCGACUACCCAUCGAUCCAGUAACACGUCCGACGUUGUCCAAACCCGGACAGAGGAUACCUCUGCCGACAGAUACCAGACAGACUUGGCCAAGAAACGCAAACGCGGGGGCGAAAUCGAUGCUCGUACCACACACUCUGUAACUGAUGUAGAAAGCCCUGGUCUCGGUCUCGGAGGCCCCGUCGGCAACCCGGGAGACGCUAUCUCCUAUCAUACGGGUCCCGGUGCCAGCGUCGGCGGUCCGGUUGCCGGUUCUGGAGGCUUUGUGGGCAACGACAGCGGCUCUACUAAUAGUUAUGGAGUUCACAUAGCUUCGCCUGCUGCUUCGACGAUGGGUCCGCCUCCGCAGCGCCACAGCGGAUCAUCAAAUGCCGCACGUGGUCUUGACACCGGUCUCGCCGCUUCACCCACUGAUGCAGGCCGAAGUUCCGUUGCCAAUUCCUCCACAAUGCCGGUAAAUGCCACAGUUAUUGAUCUUGACGGUUACGACGUGGCUCCUGCUGUUUCACACAAGGGACCAGAAGCAGACGCUAUCAAUACACAAUCAAGCACCUCAGCGGAAAACAAUGGCUACAACAAUGGCUACAGCAAUGGCUACAGCAUUGCAUCCCCUAAUCCAGGCACAAGCUCGAGAGCACAACUCCCUGACAAAUCAGCAGGCGUCUCGCCCAUGAGCUCCAAUGGCUACCAUGCUGCACCUACCGGGCCGGAGAUGUACCAGGCGACACAAUUCUCCCACGCACCAGCUAAUGGUCUGACGGAAGCACCUCAACUCCAACAAUGGUACUAUGGACCUCCUCACUUGGGCCCUGCUCAUGGUGAUGUCCCGAGCAUGAUGCAUACGUAUACUCUACAGGGUCCACACCAGCAGCCUGGUUUCGCUCCUCAAGGCUAUGGUCACCAGUUCAAUCCGUAUCAGCAGCAGCCGAACCAGCAGCAUCAACAUUAA